CGUCUGAAAGCGGCGGACUUCCAGCGCGCAUGCUUGAACAAAUCUUUCACGUUUUUAUAUUUUAUUACGGAUUUUUGAGGGUUUUUUUUAAAGCAAGAGAACUGUGGAUAACCCCCGUCUGGAUUAAAGAUGCAUUAACAUAUUUCCUUCACAGUCUGGGUUUUUCGUGAACAUGAUGUUGGACCGAAGCAGGACCACGGUUCUGGCAGACAUUUUGUUUUUCAGCGGUGAACUCUCCUCCAAAGACCAGAGCGUCCUCUGCCGCUGCUCCCGCGCUUUUGUCAUAGACCGUGAGCUUUAUCGUUCUGACAAUCGACUUCUCAGGAACGUCCCACAGCCAGAGGAUGAGGAUGAGGAGGAAGCAGAGGAGGAAGAGCAGCAGACUCCAGACGCUGAACCAAACCCGGAGGAGGAAAAUGUUUUGGACGAAGAGUCUGAGCUGAUGUUAAAGAUGGGGCUUCCUCUGUCCUUCUCCAGCUCCUCGGAAUACAAGAGAACCGGGAAGAGAAUGAACAAGAACCCAGCUCCGUUUUGGGCCACGGCACCAGACGAAGACGACGAGGAGGAUUCUGAUGAUGUAGAAGAGGAGGAGCCUGAACCUGUGGAGAAAACAAACACGGACACAAAAGACGACGAGUGGCAGAAGUACUGGGCUGAACAGGGGGAGUCUUUGCUCUGGACUCACUGGUUGGAGAAGAAUCCGGACUUUGGAUCUGAACCGGACCUGGACCCUCCGUGGGUCAACCCGGACCUGAAGACCUCCUGGGACCUGCACUACCAGGAGACCUACUACUACUACCAGGAGCAGUUCUACUACUGGACGGAGCAGGGCUGGACCGUGGGCUCAGAGCACGGAGGAGGGGAGCAGGGAGGAGGAGAGGAGACGGAGGGAUUAACGGAAGAGUUUAACCAUUUUUGCACUUUAAAAACACCAGGAGACGAGCAAAACAUGGACUUUAAAAAUGAGUUUGUGAAAAAUGGAGGAGGAGAGAGAGCAGAGCCGAGCGAAGGAGGAACAGAUGAUAAAAAACCCUCAGACGGUCAUCAGAGCAACUCAGAGGAACGAACAGGUUCGGUGCAGACUGGAGGAGGAGUGGACAGAGGUGAGUCCAGGAGGAAGUCUGAGGAAGAGGAAGAGGAGCCUCCAGAAAAACCGCAGGUCAAACUCAAACGCAGUCACGAGCUGGACGCAGAGGAAAGCCCACAGCCCAUGUCCGAGGAAUCCUGGAGGAAACUGGGUCUCAAACGAAACGCAAACCCAGUCUUCUCCAGUGUUUUCAGCGCGACGGGUUUUCAGAAACAACAGAAGAAGAAAAAACAAAACCGUAAACAAAACACACACAUACGAUUCUCAGACGACGACUCUCAGAGGAGCUCCACUCUCAGUAAGGUGAAGGAUUUUCUCGGGAACAUCCAGAGAAACACGGAAGCUGCGACGUCAGAACCGGGAAACGUGGACGUCGCAGAAGAGAGGAAGGAGGGUUUAACGAAGGAUAAGAACGUGUCGGAGGAGGAAGAGGAAGAGGGGACGGAGAGAGAGAGAAACCUGGAGGAGGAGAGGACGGUGAUCAGUCUGUGGGUUCCAGACGCAGAGGACGGAGAGGAGACGAAACGAGCCCAGAACAAGAGACCUCUGCCCUGCUUGGAGACUCCAGACUUCCUCCUGCCAGAGCCCGAAGGCGCGAGUGCAGACGGCGCCGCCUGCCCUCAGAGGAAGAGGAGGGGGAAGCAGAGGAGGGCAGAGCCGGUGCCGGAGGAGGUGGCGGCCGAACCGGAGCUGGCCAAAUACUGGGCCCAGAGACACCGGCUGUUCUCGCGCUUCGACCAGGGCGUCCGGCUCGACAGAGAGGGCUGGUUUUCCGUGACUCCGGAGCGGAUCGCGGAGCACAUCGCCGUUCGAGUCUGGAGCAGUUUUCCUUCGUCUCGUCUCGUCGUCGACGCUUUCUGUGGAGUCGGAGGAAACGCCAUCCAGUUCGCCCUGAGCGGAAACAGAGUUGUUGCCGUGGACAUUGACCCCGUGCGCAUAGAUCUGGCUCGUCACAACGCGGCGGUGUACGGCGUGGCGGAGCGUGUCGACUUCAUUCAGGGCGACUUCCUGCAGCUCGCCCCCCGUCUCCGUGGCGACGUGGUCUUCCUGUCCCCGCCCUGGGGAGGCCCCGCCUACCUGAGCGCCGACGUCUUCGACAUCCAGACCAUGAUGGAACUCGACGGAUUCGAGAUUUUCCGAAAGGCCAAACUCAUUUCUGACAACAUCGUGUAUUUCCUGCCUCGGAACGCCGACAUGGACCAGAUCGCGUCUUUGGCCGGUCCCGGGGGUCGAGUGGAGGUGGAGCAGAACUUUCUCAAUAACAAACUGAAAACCAUCACGGCGUAUUUCGGGGGUUUGAUAAAGUCCGGCGGCUCAGAGCAGGACUCCGUUUCCCACAAUGCAACACAACAAGACUAACAGAGUUUAUCCCACCACAUUUUUACUGUAGUUCAAUUUAAAAUGUUUAACUUUUGAUUUAAGUUUUAAGUUUGUACAGUGUUCUUUUUUUUAUAUAUAUAUAUAUAUAUACUUAAGCUAAUUUUAUUGAUGUAUAAAAUAAAAUUGUUUUUUAUAUUACAUGUAUUAACCGUGGAGUUAAUAUGAAUUCAUGAUAAUAUUAAUUUCCAAGAUGUAAUUUGGAAUAUUUAACCUUAACAUUUCAGGAACAGUUUUAGAAAACAAAUGCGCUGUGUACGUUUUCAGCUGGGGGUCCGUCGCCUGCUUGUUUCCAUGGAUACGCCAUCGCUCUGCCUGGAAUGUUCCGCAGUGUGACUUUAAACGGCUCUGCUUUACGUUUAUUUAAUCACAGGUGGUUUUGAAGCUCAAAAAUGCCUCGAAAAACAGACGUUCUGACAGAGCGACGUUGCCUCUCCACAGAUCUGAUAUGUAACUUGGUCUGGUUUGGUCUCCGUGAAGAUAAAAAGGUUUAAUGCCACACUGUGGGACAUUCCAGACAAAGAAAUAACAUUGAAACUUACACAUUUUAAACCUCAAAUGAGACAUUUACAGACACAUUUGAACAGUUUUGAGUUUUGUUUUUGUUUUUUUCAAAUAGAACCUGAUUUUUGUUUUUAAAAAAGUCCUGAAAAUAAUAUUAAACCAAAUUAUUUAUUUAAAACGGUU